ACCCAUUUUAGCACUCUAGGGUUUUAUCUUCUUGGACUUCUCCAGUUUGAAGCAACCAAACCAAACCAACCCUUAUCAUUUUCAGUAGCUUCCUGAGAGCUCCAUCUUUCUCGAAGAAAUGGCUACAUUUCACCUAACAGCAUCAUCAGUGACUGUAUCAGCAAGGAACUUGGCUUCAUUUGAAGGGCUAAGACCAUCCACUGUGAAGUUCUCGUCUUUUGGAACAUUAAAGCCUGGGGCUUUGACUCAGAGGUCCUUUAAGAGCUUGGUUGUAAAAGCUGCCACCGUUGUUGCUCCUAAGUACACUUCGAUUAAGCCCUUGGGUGAUAGAGUGUUGGUGAAGAUCAAAGAAACGGAGCAGAAGACUGAAGGUGGCAUUUUGCUUCCAACAACAGCUCAGUCAAAGCCUCAAGGAGGUGAGGUGAUUGCCGUUGGCGAGGGGAAGACAAUUGGGAAGACCAAGUUGGAAAUCUCGGUCAAGACUGGUGCCCAGGUCAUCUAUUCCAAGUAUGCUGGUACUGAGGUUGAGUUCAAUGGUUCCAAUCAUCUUAUUCUUAAGGAGGAUGACAUUGUUGGGAUUCUUGAAACGGAUGACGUCAAGGAUCUCAAGCCUUUGAAUGACAGAGUAUUAAUUAAGGUUGCUGAAGCUGAGGAGAAAACUGCUGGAGGUUUGUUGCUGACAGAGGCAAGCAAGGAAAAACCCUCCAUUGGCUCGGUGAUUGCAGUUGGACCUGGUACUUUGGAUGAGGAAGGUAACAGAAAGCCAUUGUCAGUUGCCCCAGGAAACACGGUCCUUUACUCCAAGUAUGCAGGGAAUGACUUCAAGGGCAGUGAUGGUACUAACUAUAUUGCUCUAAGAGCUUCUGAUGUAAUGGCUGUGCUCUCUUAGUUGUUUAAUGAGAUAUGUGCUAGGUGUACAACUGAAUUUUAUGGAUGAGUUGCCACAAGGCUCGAGGAUUUUGAAUUGUAAUUUUUUUUUAUCUUCAAUAUAAAUCACUGCAGCUAUGUUGUCCUUAGUCCAGAUGCUAGGCAAUAAUGGGAACUUUUUCGGAUGAAAAAUAAUGAAAAGUGGUUAGG